GGCCCGGGUCAGGGGUCACGGGGGCCGGUGUGGGCGGGAGUCUGGUUUGCGGCCUAGCGCGGGCUUCGCGGUGGGGGGGUUUGGGGGGGUUGGCGGCGGCGAGUGGGGAGUGGGGAGUGGGGGUGAAGCCUCGGGACGAGAGUAAGCGGGAAAGCGGGGGCCGAGCUGGCGGCGAGCGGGGAAAGGGAAGGAGGGACAGGUCAGGAUGAAGAGGCAGAGCGAGCGCGAUUCGAGCCCCGGUUCGGCCCCGGGCGGCGGCGGCGGCGGGAGAUCAGCCAAAAGGCCCCGGGAGCGCGAGCGGGAACGUGAUCGGGAGCGGGAGAGGGAGCGCGAGAGGGAGAGGGAGAGAGAACCGCCCUCGGCCCGGACCGCCGGCGGCUCCUCCUCCUCCUCCUCCGGGCAGAAGAGCAAAGGGGGGGACAGCAACAACAACAACAGCGGCGGCGGCGGCAGAGCGAGCGCGGGGCUGGACUACAAGAUGCUGGUGGUCAGUAACUUGGGCGCCCAACUGACCAACGAGGCGGUGGAGGACAGCCUCUUCCACGAGUUCAAGAAGUUCGGGGAGGUGAGCAUCACCACGUCCCACACGCCCGAGGCCGGCCGGCUGGCGUACGUGCACUUCCGGCACCACGAGGACGCCAAGGAGGCCAGGCACGCCAAGGGCAGGUUGGUCCUGUACGACCGCGCCCUGAAGAUCGAACCCGUCUACCCCAAGCGGCGGAGCUGCACCCCGCCGGAGGUCAACUACGUGCCCGUUCACGCCGGGUACCAGUACAGGCAGCGGUCUCUGUCUCCGGGGGCCUGCGCCCUCCGGGAUCAAAGAACGAGGCACGCCAACUACCCGCUGGAGACCGUGCCCUUGCCCAGGGAGCGGGAGAGGUCUUUGGAUUAUUACGGGAUGUACGACGAGCGCGGCCGGGCGUUCAGCUACCCUGUGCAGGAGGACGACUUGAUGCCCGAAGACGACAAAAGGGCCACCAGGAAUUUGUUCAUCGGCAACUUGGACCACAACGUGUCCGAGAAUGAUUUGAGACGAGCUUUCGAGAAGUACGGCAUCAUCGAUGAGGUGGUCAUCAAACGGCCGGCCAGAGGGCAGGGGGGCGCUUACGGCUUCUUAAAGUUUCAGAAUUUAGACAUGGCGCACCGGGCGAAGGUGGCCAUGUCGGGCCGUAUGAUCGGGAGGAACCACGUUAAGAUUGGCUACGGCAAAGCAAACCCGACCACUCGCUUGUGGGUUGGCGGACUUGGCCCGCUAACGUCGCUGGCUGCCCUGGCCAGGGAAUUUGACCGCUUUGGCAGUAUUCGUACCAUUGAUUAUGUUAAAGGAGAUAGUUUUGCUUACAUACAGUAUGAGAGUUUGGACGCUGCUCAAGCAGCUUGUGCGCAGAUGCGGGGAUUUCCUCUCGGAGGACCCGACCGGAGACUGCGAGUCGAUUUUGCGAAGGUUGAGGAGAGUCGUUACCAGCAGCAGUAUCAGCAGGUACCAUUGCCGGUACAUUAUGACUUGCUCGCUGAUGGUUAUGGGCGGCACAGGAGUUUGGAACGUACCGAGCCGAGGACUCGGGACAGGACCCCGCCUCUCCCCUUGUACCAUGACAGGGAGAGGAACUUCGCUGAUGGGGACUGGACGAGUCCCGCCAAAAGCCUGGACCGACGGAACAACUCCGACAAUUACAGCACUUCAAUCCGCAGCCGAAGUCGGGACCGAUGGCAGAACGAGCGAGAGAAUGAUCGCAGUAUUGUCAAGUCCUGGGAGGAGCGGAGGAAACAAAGGAGCCUUUCCAACGAUCGGGCACGUCCUGUUCACUCACCCUACGAAGAGCGUGUGAGGGCAAAGCUCCGGGGCUCUUUAGAACAAAGCCCGGACAAGAGGAAUCGUGAUGCUCGAGGAGCAGACAGCGGGACAGAUAAGGAACAGGUUCCUGUACUCCCCGACAAUCGACACGCCUCUGCCACUGCCGAAGAUAAAACACUCACAGAAGUGCACGAACCCAUACAAUUGAAAAAGAAAGAGAAUGACCGUAAUCAUAGAACUAGUGAAAUUGAGCCCGAGGCUAAAUCUUGCGUCGAGGAGCCAAAGCCAGAGACCAAGAAACCAACCAACUUAAUGGAGUUCGCCCAAACACUGACGCUCGCUUGGAAUGGUGUCCUCGUACUUAAAAACAGCUGCUUUCCAACAAAUAUGCACACUCUAGAGGGAGACCUUGCUGUGGUAAAUGUUCUUCUGAAGGACUUUACGACCGGUGUUAAAGUUUCUCAGCUGAAAAUCGCACAGCGCCUUCGCCUUGACCAGCCCAAAUUGGAUGAAGUGACUCGUCGCAUCAAACAGGGCAGCCCUGACGGUUACGUUGUGUUGCUUGCUGUGCAGGCCCCACCAAGGGCUGAGGGGGGAGCUGGGGCUGUGGCGGUGGAACCUGGUCUCCAGCAGAGACUCCUCAGGAACCUUGUGUCCUAUUUGAAGCAGAAACAAGCUGCGGGGGUAAUCAGUUUGCCGAUCGGCGGCCCGAAGGACAAGGAUAACACGGGGAUGCUGUACGCCUUCCCACCCUGUGAAUUCUCCCAACAGUUCCUCCAGGCCGCUCUUAGGACAUUGGGAAAAGUGGACGAAGAUCAUUUGGUGGUUGUAAUAGUCCGAGACUCUGUCUGAGAGACUCCUUCACAUUGAAUAAAGUGUAAACUCUCCUCUCUGUUUGGACUGGGCUGAGCUGCCAAUUCAGUUCAAGUGUCUUUGGGGCAUUGAAUGCGAAACCAAACAAAUGUGUCUGAGGCCGAACUUUUAGACGUCCUAAUUCUGUAGUCUGUUUUUAACCACGCAGCCCUUUUAUUCCUUGAGAUGGAAUUUUGACUUUUCAUUUGUUUGGUUUUUUUAAACAAAAAGAUAUUGGUUGUAUGAAGAAAGUUCAGAAUUGUCAGUAAAGCCAUGUCUAAUGUUGUAUUUUUAA